UUUAGGGGUUUGUUGAACUUUGUCACAUUCUACGGUGGCAGUGCGAGAAGCAAAAGAAUGCAGCAAGUCUGACAAAAUGGUGUGUGGGAGAAGUGUUGGUUCACGUGGUCCGUCAGAGUAGCAACCCCAUGCUGUUGUGGUGUUGCAGUUGUGGGGCUCUUAAUAGAAUGUGAUGGUGAAGUACUUGGAGAGGAGUGAGUGUGAUGAAGUUGCUGUGUUGGGCACGAGAGGGGAGGGGAGACUCAAGUGGUUUGGACGCGUGUAGUUGUGGUUGGGUGUUUGUGCUGCCUUCUCUGACUACUUGCAGCGUUUACUUUCCCCGUUAGAAACUCUUCUUAAAAAAUUUCAUGUAGAUACGGGUAUAGCGUUUCAGAUUAGAUUUAUAGUUCAGUAGGUUACCCUACUUUUUGUGAAUUUGAUCUUUGAAAACCCAUAUGAAUAUGCAGAGUUUUGAAUUUUACGUUUCAAAACUAUUUUGUUUACAACUUCGAAAAGCUUGUGUAUUUGAUGUUGUUCCGGUUUGAGGUCGUAUAGGUAGGAUGUGGGUAAACACUUGAACGUUAUUUGUUGACUGUUCUUUCCUAAACUUAGAAAGGACCGAUUGGUAUUCAGACUGUUGGUUGCAUGGUCUCUGAUUGCGGUCUGAUGAUCACGUGAUCCUCAUGACUGAUUGGUUUGUAUGCCUUCUACACUGCUGCUCCACCAUCUCCUCCUCUAGUAGCGGGUAAGAUACGGUAAUGAUGCGUGAUACGUUGGAGGGAAAGGAAGCCUAAUUUCGUCAUCUCGAAGUCAUCCAACACAUCAACACAACUCACACUUUCAAAUACCAAAUAAGUAAGUAAUAAAUAAAGUCAUACUGUGCGUUAAUGGAGGGAGGUGACACAGACUUAUCUCGUUUGAGUUUUCUAAUUCCUCAAUAAUUUUACCGUUUGUUGUGAUGUAAGUUUGGCUGUGAUUAACUCUUGUCGACAGUUUUAGCUAUAGCAUAGCGGCAUCACAACAUUUAUUACACUGCAGAUCUCUUAUGUUAGCUGGUAAUCGAUUUGACCUUGCGCGUGUGCCCGGGUAUUGGUGUUUCUUAGAGGGGGGAGUGCAGACUCGAAGUACAAAGGAAGUCUGAGUUCUCUAAUGUUUUAGACACGGGCAAACGCACGCACACACCGGGUUCUGUACUCUCUAUAACAGCAGUAUGUUUUCAUCACAAAUUCGUUCGACUCCACGUGCAAGUCUGGUUACGUUUUAUCCAUCAUGAGGACGCUACUUGUCAUCUCCUUAUGUAUUACUGCCUUACUCUCUGGUUUGUCGACUGCUUCACGACACAAGGUGAAGCUUCCAGGAGGAUCACGGACAGUCAAUUCGUUGGUCAGCUUAGGAUUGGGUGAAUACAUUUCUCCUCUCGUUCAGAACGCACUGCAAGAGCUGAAGACGUUCUCCGAGACGGAGCAGACGAGAGUCGUGGCAGAGAAGGACAACACUAUGGCAGCGUACAACCAGGUGAUGGCCGCACGUCAGACUCUCAACGAUCUCCUCGAGGAAUACAAUAACACGGAGAAAGUAUGCAACGACACGAUCCAGGCCAAAUGUCCAAACUGCAUCGCUCAACAGUGCGAGCAGAGAGCGACCGAGGUUUGUCCCCAACCGACGUUCCUAGAAGCAAUCCGACAACUAGCCGACAAACAGCUAAAUCCGUGCGGAUGUCCUUUCUAUGACCCGAGCUGUAAGGUGACCAGCUUCUUCUGCAGUAGCAAACCGGCCAUGGACCUUCUCAGCAAAGCCAUCAAUCCAAUAAAGUCGCACGUGAUCGAUCCGGCCGGCAAUUUCUUCCACACUACAAACACGUUCCACGACGCUGGCGACUUCUUCAAGAGCUCGAUUCCCGACUUCUUUGUCGACGGCGUUCCCAAAUUUUUCGACGACACAUUCGGCGGCGCAGGUGACUUUUUCAAAAGUUUUGACAAGUUUUUCAAGGACGGUAUUCCUGGUGUUGACUUUCGCCUUCCCGACUUUGCCCUACCUAAACUUCCCGUUUUCAAGCCUCCUAAGCUUCCCGAUUUUAAACUCCCCGAUUUUAAACUACCCGAUUUUGGUGGUUUGGGUGGUCUCUUUGGGAGGCGCAAGAGAGCCGUCGACGGACUGGCCUCUCCGCAUCAUCCCGUCUACCGUCGGAACUCUCCGGCUCCCAUCCCGGCCAGAGAACCGACUUGUGAUGAACUGAAGGACAACAUCAGAGAGGCAUGUGGAGCGUACGCCUAUCUCCCUCACUGCAAAGCCUCCUGCAACGCAACUCAUGCUUGUCCUGGAUACCAGGCGUUGGUCGACCGGAUUGAAAACGCUGUGGCUGCUUUCAAGGCUGAACUACAGCAGCUUAACAAGAGUCGAGCUCUCUAUCAACAAGCAAUCGAGGUGUAUCGUCAGCAAAUGAGGCAGAAACAAGCCGAAUUAUGCUGGCAACUGGACUUCGUGAACCACCAAAGAGAGGGACCCAGUCAGUCCCGACUGUGGUACUCCAUCAAACAGUUAUCAGGCGUUUAUGACGGUGCGAUUGGCCAGUUUGUGGAUAUGACGGCGAGCAUCGACGUCGGCUCGGAUCGCAACCGUUUUCAAGGCGACAUCAGGUUCCCUCACGGGUUCAGACCCAUCGGUUCCGUUGCGGCACGCAGGGUAGCCGAAGAGGCUCUCGAGUGGUACAAACAGAAGUUGAUAGACAACGGUGCUUGCCAAUGAGUCCACACGAUCACAGCUAGUCAGACUGUUUUCAUGAAAGUACUUGAGCACCUUCUGGAUAUUGCCUUGUGUUCGAUUGUUGAAGUCUGCUAUUUGUUGGCUAUUGCCGCUAUUGAUAGAACUAGAGAUUUUAUGCUUUAUUGAGCAGUCAUUGUCGACAAUAAACAAUGUUUUAGAUUUCUUGACUUUCUA